AUGGAUGAGAAGGAUGAGUUGUCUGACUAUGAUCCUGAUGAGUCCCAUGGAUACAAACUUCAAGGUAAUGAUGGUUUUGAUGAAAGACAAAGAAUAACUUUAGAGGUUGGUUUGAUGUACGAUGAUGUGAAUCAUUUCAAAAAAGUACUAUAUGAAUAUGUGGUUCAUGAGGGUUUCCAGCUUUUAAAACAGAAAAAUGAAAAGUCAAGAGUCACAACAAGAUGUGCAGGUAAUGGUUGUACUUGGAGAAUUCAUGCUUCUCCAGAUGGUGAUGGUAAGGCAUUUAUGAUAAAGACUCUUAACCCACAACAUACAUGUGUCAGAGAUUCAAACGAAAUCAAUGUUUCAUACAAGUGGGUUGCUGAGAAACUCUGUGAAGAGCUUAAGGCUGACCCAAGAAUGUCAAGAGAAGCCAUGUCAGCUAUUUUUCUAAAAAGAUUUGGACUUCAAGUUUCAUACAUGAAGCUGUGGAGGGCACGCAAGGUUGCCCAUGAAUGGAAUGAAGGUAAUCAUGCAGAUUCUUAUGCAAUGUUACCUAGCUAUGCAAGGCUAGUUGUGCAAACAAAUCCUGGUAGCAUGUUCAUACUUCAGUAUGAGGACAGACCAAUGGAUAUAUCAACUAAGCCAGUCUUCAAGAGAUGUUUUGUAUGUUACAAAGCAUGUAGAGAUGGUUUUGUGAAUGGUUGUAGAAAGUUUGUUGGACUUGAUGGCUGCCAUCUUAAGAGUAGAUUUGGAGGGGUGUUGUUAUCAGCUGUAGCAGUUGAUGGGAAUAACUCUAUAUUCUCACUUGCAUUUGGAGUGGUGGAAAUUGAAAACAAAUCCAAUUGGAGGUUUUUUUUGGAUUGUUUACAUGAUGCUCUAGGGGAUGCAAGUGAUGACAACACAUUAACUUUUAUGUCAGAUAACCAGAAGGGAUUGACAGAGAUUAUUGGUGACCUCUUUCCGUAUUCUAAUAUUAGAUGUUGUAGUAGACAUCUAUACCAACACUUUAAGGCAAAGUUCCCUGGAUCUAUAUUGAGAAGAUAUUAUUGGGUAGCUUCUGAAGCAUCUACUUUGGUUCUAUUUCAAAAGGCAAUGGAUACCAUUAAAUCCAUUGACAAUGCAGCCUAUGAUUGGGUUGGAUCUUUGAGAAGCAAGCCAAUAUUGAGUUUACUUGACUCCAUCAGGAUUAAGGUGCUGGAGAGGUUAUACAAUAGAGUAUGGGAGUGUACUGGGGUGCCAUGUAAGCAUGCAGCUGCAGCAAUCUCAUACAAGAGACAGAUUGUUGAAGAUUACUGUGAUGGAUGUUACAAUAAGCAGAGGUACUUGGUGACAUAUGCGAAUAUGAUCCAUCCCCUCCCAGAUAUACAAGAUUUGAGUAAAGAAGGUCCACAAGGUGUUGAGCAGCCUCCAAAACUGAAGAGAUUACCAGGUAGACCUCAUAAAAACAGGAGGAGGGAACCUGGUGAGGGAGCUCCAGCAGAUUUUAAAAGAGACGUAGGACUGUGA